AUGAAUCCUGAAUAUGACUACCUGUUCAAACUCCUAUUGAUUGGUGACUCUGGAGUCGGAAAGUCGUGUCUGCUGCUACGCUUCGCGGAUGACACCUACACUGAGAGCUACAUCUCCACCAUCGGAGUCGACUUCAAGAUCAGGACGAUUGACAUGGACGGGAAGACAGUGAAACUACAGAUUUGGGACACAGCAGGUCAGGAGAGGUUUCGAACCAUCACCUCCAGCUACUACAGGGGAGCUCACGGCAUUAUCAUCGUCUAUGACGUCACUGAGCAGGAGUCCUUUAACAACGUGAAACAGUGGCUGGACGAGAUAGAUCGUUACGCCUGUGAAAAUGUCUCCAGGCUGCUGGUGGGAAACAAGUCUGACCUUGUUAGUAAAAAAGUGGUGGAUGCUGCCACUGCUCAGGACCUGGCCUCCUCUCUUAAGAUCCCCUUCCUGGAGACAAGCGCCAAGAGCUCUGAUAACGUAGAGAGGGCUUUCUUGACCAUGGCCUCUGAGAUCCACAAGCGCCUGGCCAGUGAGGGAGGGGGGAUGCAGGGUGAGUCAAAAGAGGCCAGGGCGCAAAGUGCCAAGAUUAACAGCGCCCCUCUGUGGCUGGGAGGGGACAAACAGACGCAGGAGGCCAGUAACUGCUGCUGAGCAGGAGAUGACACCAAGAUGACAUGAAGAGAGAUGUGUCAUUUUAAACACACCCACCUGUCUCGUUUCAGGACUAUGUGAUUGUGUGCUCUGAACACACAUGUUGUUUGCUAUUGAACUAAAAACACAUGCAAAAAAAAAAGACUUUUCAGGACAAAAAAUUAAUGUCUUUUUAGCUUGACUACAGUAUAUUUUGAAGCUUGGUAUUUUUUGAAUUAAAUAUAUAAGGAGCACAGACAAACAGGACAGAUGAUAGAAAGAUUUGAAACUCUGCCAAAUGAACAACUAGGACAGUGGGGGUUUUAGAAGAGGAACAUUUACUGUAUAGCUCAUUUAACUCAAGAUAAAAGAUGGAAGUAGCAAAAAGUGGAAUUGCAAACCUGAAAAAUAUAAAUGAAAAAUAUAAGUAUCUGAAUCAUUGUUAAUACUCACACAGAAUGGGAGGAGUUUUAUUUAAAAAUGUGAUAUUAGCAGAUUUAGCUGCUGAUACAGAUGCAUUUCCUGUGUGAU